AUGGACACAUCAUGGGUGGCUGAGACAAGAGCCUCCACGAGUACAGCCACCACAAAUGGACCGUGGAGUAUUGAGAGUCGGCAGAAGCUAAAACUUGAUCAGGUCGGCAACUAUCACAUCGUGAAAUCGAUUGGUCGAGGAAACUUCGCUACGGUGAAACUCGCUAAACAUGAAAUCGCGAAGACAAAGGUUGCUGUCAAAAUCGUGGACAAGACAACGAUCGAGCCAGAGAAUCUGAUCAAAAUCGAGCGAGAGAUCGAGAUUUUGAAGAGACUUGAGCAUCCACAUAUUGUCAAACUUUAUGAGGUGAUGCGAUCGGAUCGUUUUAUUUACAUUGUCACUGAGUAUUGUUCAGGUGGAGAGAUGUUUGAAACUCUUGUCGAGAGAGGAAGGAUCGCCGAGGAUGAAGCAAGGCGAUGGUUCUCCCAGGCAGUCUCUGCUCUCGCUUAUUGCCAUGAAAUGGGUGUCGUUCAUCGAGAUCUUAAAGCCGAGAAUGUUCUCAUUGACAAGAACAAUGACAUCAGAAUCAUUGAUUUUGGCUUUUCGAACUUUCAAUCAGCGGGUCACUUGCUCAAAACGUCGUGUGGAUCACCUCCAUACGCUGCUCCAGAAUUGCUGUUAGCUAAUGAUUACGAUGGGACCAAGGCAGAUAUUUGGAGUCUUGGCGUUCUUUUAUACAUCAUGGUGACAGGCGGGUUUCCAUUCCCGGGAGAUUCUAUCGACAAAUUGAAAAGAGCCAUCUUCUCUGGACCCUUCAAGAUACCAUAUUUUGUUUCAGUCGAAUGCUCUGAUCUUCUGCGAAAGAUGCUCGUUUUGACACCAGCUAAACGAUACAACAUUCAACAAGUGCAGCAACAUCGAUGGCUAACGACAAAAUGCGAAGACUCUCUCUCAGCAUCCACCAACAAUUUGCCUAAUGAUCAUUUAUUGAAUACGAAGAUUUCUGAGAAGAAAAAGUUGAGUACAACGGUGCUUCUCUUCCUUCAACAGCACUCAAAAUGGGCUGAAGAGCAAAUUAUUGAGGAUGUUGACAAGAAGAACUAUGAUGGACCAAUUUAUGCAGCUUAUGAGCUUUUGUGCGAGAAAUUAAGAGCCGCUACUGAAGACGAAGUAGCUGAUCAACCGAGGAGAGGAAGUCGAGGCAGUAUUCUGUCGGGCAAAGCCAAUGUUGACCCUGAACCAGCAGCGCCGACGAUCUCCGCUCAUCACUUGGCUCAGCUCAGCUUGUUGUCAAGUGCAGAAUAUGAAUCCGACGACUCUUCAGCUUCCGAAAUGUGCGAUGACUCUCCAUGUUCAUCAUCAAGGCGAAAAGAUAAUCGGCAAAAGAUCUCCGAAGCUAUGCCAAACAAUCAGAAUCGAGAGCAGAGAAGACACACACUUUGUGCAACCGAACCACUGCUACCACCGGAACUUUUGGCACAGCUUGGAGGCGUUGCCGGUCUACAAGCUGCAGCCGCUCUGCAACUUCAACAAACGAACAUCCAAGCUCUCCUUGGUGGACAACCACCGGGUCUCGUUCAUCCAUAUGGAGGAUUGCUUUCUGGAUUCUCUCCAUUGCCUAUCAACGAACAUCCGACUCUUCAUAUUCCAUACAUGGGUGAACGUAGAGCAAGUGCUUCUGAAGCUCUAUUCGCUGCUCAUUUGAUGAGCGCUCAAGGGGCAUUCCCGACUGGGAGUGAAAGUCCGACAGCAUCGGGAAGUGGCACAAAUAUGGGAAUUGAAGAAGAAGGAAGGAAGUACUUGAAUCAACACGGGUCCACUAAACGAAACACGGUUCAUGGAAUGGCCUCACCGAUACCGAGUGCUUUAAGCAAUCAGCGGCAUUUGAGGCAAAUUCAAAUCACCGCCUCGCAGCAAAGUCAACUUGAAAAGCUUUAUCUUCAACACAUUCAUAAAGGAGGCAGACACAUGUCAGCAGGCUCCGACUUGUUUCAAAUCAAGCAACUUCAACGGGAAUUCCAGCAACUUGGAAAAUUGGCUGCUGGAGGAGCAUCACCAACACACGCACACUCUUUGGCCACUGAUUCAUCCUCGUUUUCUCUCAAAUGCACUCCAAGAAUCUCGAUCACUGAUGAAAACAACAAAUUGCUAGGGCCACCCGUUGGUCCAAGCUCAUCCGCCACUUUUAACCCUGUUGCAAUGUUUGAUCAAAAGGCAAACGAAGUGCUGUAUGGAAGUGAACGACCAGCCACCGUGAUCGGUUUCACGACGAAUCAAGCGAUCAACAGUGGAGCCUCUACACCAGAUCAAUCACAUUUCCGAUCGGAGAGUCGUGGAACGACGCUAAUUUGUGCAGCCGAACCGGUUGAAGUGGUGCACGAAGUGAAGGUUUUCUUCGAUGGUAAAAAGAUUCAAUACGAGGAGUCAGCUGAUGAGAAAGAUGGUUGCUGGAUAAACACUCCAGGGAUUCGUCUCUUCAUUCGACCAACCGAGGAUCGAACGCAUGUGGAGCUGGUUUUGUUACAGGAAUUCUCUGAGCGCAUCGCUGAAGAGCUCGUCUAUCUACUCAAAAAUCUAGAUUACAUU